AAGAUCAGCGGAGACUGCAGCAGAUGCACCAACCCCGUCAACUGCAUCACCUGGUGCAAAUCUACCCUGUUUGAUCUGUCCAAGCCCGUUCCUCCGGCUCCGGUCCCCACCGUGGGCUCAGGCGUCCUGGCGUGGGGUGGAGAAUUCAGUCCUCCGGAGUCUCCUCCCGACAGAGAUUUCUUCCCCGACUACAUUGUCACCGUUAUCGUUCCCUUGGCUCUGGUUUUGAUCCUCUGUCUUCUCCUGUCCUACAUCAUGUGCUGCAGGAGAGAGGGAGUUCUGAAACGAAAUGCCAAGACUCACGAUCUGCAGCUCUAUCAUCACCACACCAUUCAGGGUAAUGCCAACGAGCUACGCAGGAUGGCCGGCGGAGACAGGCGCACUGUGGAUCGUCCUCGGCAGUGCUUACAGCCGCUCCUCAUGGCAGAGCAGGCAAUGGCAGAGAGCUGAGGGACAUCAGAGCCAACUUUAAUAGCCACUGUCUGUGGAAAUGUGUUUAAGGUUCACUAUUUGUUUCUUGCUUUGUGUUUUUUCAAGGAAUACGUCACUCAAAAAUGAACAUUCACCCAAUAAUCCACCCAAAAAUGUUGUUCCGAAACCAUAUGCUGUU